AUGCUGUCAGCCCAAUACACGUCAGAAUCCCUGGUCGAUAACCCGGGGCAUCCUCGGCGCGAAACACCAGCGAUCCGGUCAUCCCCCCACACCAACAAAGACGGCGUGGCAGAUGGCGCGUUUCCACUGCCUGCGAACAUUAUUCGCCUUCCCAUCAUGAGUGACAUUCAUAUGAGAGCAGAAAGACGGAAGACACACACCUGGUACGCCAUUGCGGCGGGAACACUCGAAUUCGCCCCCAUGGUGGCCACAGGGCAGAAGCAUGAAUUAAAUUACCAGUCUAUUGGCUAA